AUGGGUCCCAGACCUCAAGUGGGGACUGAAUCUUCCCCCGAUUUCGACAAUGACAAUAAGAAAGAAGGUAUGUUAGCAUCCUACUCCACCGUGGACCUGGUGAAGGACGACCCGAUCGAGGACGACCCGUGGGACCUCCCAGAGCUUAAGGACGUGGGUGUCAAGUGGUCAGAUCUGGACACUAAAGGGAAGAUAAUACGAGUGGUGACCGCCAUCAUCAAGUUGGCGUUACUGCUCGGUCUUCUUUACUUAUUCAUCUGCUCCCUGGAUGUUCUCAGCUCGGCUUUCCAGCUAGUCGGAGGCAAAGCCGCUGGAGAUAUCUUCAAGGAGAACGUGAUCCUGUCCAACCCGGUGGCCGGCCUGGUGAUCGGCGUGCUGGUGACGGUGUUGGUGCAAAGCUCCAGCACGUCGUCGUCCAUCGUGGUCAGCAUGGUAUCUUCUGGAUUACUGGAGGUCAAGUCCGCCGUGCCCAUCAUAAUGGGUGCCAACAUUGGAACUUCGGUCACCAACACCAUCGUGGCCAUGAUGCAGGCAGGCAACCGAAACGAGUUUCGCAGGGCCUUCGCCGGCGCCACCGUGCACGACUUUUUCAACUGGCUGUCCGUGCUGGUCCUGCUGCCCCUGGAGGUAGCCACGGGGGUCCUGGAAAAGCUCACCCACCUCAUCAUCAAAUCUUUUCACAUCGAGUCGGGAGAGGACGCGCCAGACUUGCUCAAGAUCAUCACCACGCCGCUCACGGACUCCAUCAUUAAGCUGGAUAAAUCCGUCAUUACGGCAAUCGCCACUGGGGAUCCGUCUGCUAGAAACAGGAGUCUGAUCAAAAUCUGGUGCAAGACGGAGACCAACAUUACAUUCUGGAAUAGCACAGUAGAUGUCUGCCCGGCUGGUGUCCUAUGCUGGGAGGAAGGGAACGAAACGAUGGCCAUGUUGAACAAGACCUGGACAGAGAACAUAGAGAAAUGCUCGCAUAUUUUUGUCGACGCCAACCUGCCCGACCUGGCGGUGGGCCUGAUUCUUCUGGGUAUGUCGCUCUUGGUCCUGUGCACGUGCCUUAUCCUCAUUGUCAAGCUGCUCAACUCCAUGCUCAAGGGCCAGGUGGCGCUAGUCAUCAAGAAGGUGCUCAACACAGACUUUCCCUUCCCAUUUGGCUGGGUCACCGGGUACAUCGCGAUCAUGGUCGGAGCCGGGAUGACGUUCAUCGUUCAGAGCAGCUCCGUCUUCACUUCCGCCAUAACGCCUCUCGUCGGUAUCGGUGUCAUCAGCCUCGAGCGCGCCUAUCCUUUAACUCUCGGGUCGAAUAUCGGAACGACCACCACGGCCAUUCUCGCUGCUAUGGCGAGCCCAGGGGGAACGUUAGCCAACUCCCUGCAGAUUGCGCUCUGCCAUUUCUUCUUCAACAUCAUGGGCAUCAUGUUGUGGUAUCCAAUCCCGUUCACGCGGUUACCCAUCAGGCUAGCCAGAGGGUUGGGCAACCGCACGGCGCAGUACCGCUGGUUCGCCGGCCUCUAUCUCAUCCUCUGCUUCCUGAUUUUACCCCUCACCAUUUUCGGCCUGUCGCUGGCCGGCUGGCAAGUCCUGGUGGGCAUCGGAGUCCCCGUCCUGGUGCUCAUCAUCUUCGUGGUCUUGGUCAACAUCUUGCAGUCGCACUGCCCUCGCUUCUUGCCCAGCGUACUGCGUACGUGGGAUUUCCUGCCGAGGCCGAUGCGGUCCCUGGAGCCCUGGGACCGGGUUGUGACGUCCUGUCUGGGCUGCUGCAACCGUUACUGCUGCUGUAUCUGCAAUUGCUGCAACUGCUGCCAGAAGGAUGAAACAGAAACUGUGCGCAAGAAGAGCCUGGAGCUCCACGACAACCCGGUUUUGAACAUGGACGACGACCCCAAGGUCAUCCAAGGAACUCAUCUUUAA